UACACGUGGAUCUAUGAAGUGAAACACGCCCGAUGAAGUCUCUAAGUUGCAAUACAAAGAAACAAUGCAAGGGCUGUGGUUUUAUUUUAUUAUUAUAACUCUAGGAAUAGGGGUAGUAUACAUCUUAAGAUGGAUGGGAAAACCAUCGUUAAAUCUCAAAAGAGUAAUAAUAGUAAACAACCUAGAGGACUGCAGGAACGUAACUCGUACACUUGUUAGGAAAUGCGUCGCGUUCCCUGCUCUAGGCUUCGAUUGUGAAUGGGUGACGCUCCCAAGUGGAAGACGUCCAGUGGCCCUCCUGCAGUUGGCUUCCGUGGAUGGAGUCUGUGCCCUAGUACGACUUAACAAGCUUCAGGGAUCUGAUUCUUUGUCCAUUCCUUCCGAAUUGAAGGCUUUGCUGGAGGAUUCAUCUGUUUUGAAAGUAGGUGUGGCUCCUUCAGAUGAUGCAAAUUACUUGCUUAACGAUUAUGGCAUUAUGGUGCGUGGCUGCUUGGACUUGCGUCAUGUGAUGCAAAGAAUUGGUGGAAUGCCACAUGGUGGCUUGAGUGGAUUGGCUGAAAGUGUGUUAGAAGCAAAGAUGGACAAGUCCUGGUCAAUUCGUUGUAGCAAUUGGGAGGUGGAUGACCUCUCUGAAAGGCAGAUAUCAUAUGCAGCUAAUGAUGCUUGGUUUGCAGUGAAGAUUCUUCAAGUCUUUGCCUUUGGCCGACUAAAAUUAUCAGACUGUUGUAUUCUUGACUGGUUAAAAUCGUAUUGGAAUCCAUUUUCUGGCAUUCCCCCCUUUGCUUGGGGAUAUGUUGAUGUUAAAUAUAAGAAAAAGGCAAUGACUCUUUCAGAAGAUGUAAAUGAAAUUCAAAUGGAAUCGUCAAUAUCAACAAUGGCAGUAGUGAAACAGAAACCCAGCAAAGCAACAAAAGCCCUUCCAAGAGCAUUUUGCACUCGCCAAACCCCUUUAUAUCAUAACUGUUUCAUGCAGGCUCCAGAUGGUGCUGUUCUAUGUACAUGUGAUAAGAAGAAAGCAGUAUGGUAUGUUUCAAAAAAUUUAGCAGAGUUGAUUUCAGAAAACCCUCUAACUGUUCGCCUCAAAUUUGAACCUUCUGGGAGAGCAGUUGGCACAGUAGGCCAGUAUUAUGUACAGCCAAAAGCCAAUUGUUGUGUGGUGUGUGGGAAAAUAGACAAUUGCAUUAGAAAGAACGUUGUUCCUCAUGAGUACAGGAAGCACUUUCCAAAAGUUAUGAAAGACCAUGUAUCCCAUGAUGUUCUGCUGCUGUGUUUGCCUUGCCACCUGCGGUCUAACAGUUUUGAUCUUUCAUUGAAAAGGCAACUUGCAGAAUUGUGCAGUGCUCCAUUUUGCCAGGGAGGAAAUGCAAAGUUUACUGUGAAUCGAGAGAAAAGUGCUGUGAAGGCUGCGGCAAAGGCAUUGCUCAGGAGCUGUGACAUGAUCCCAGAAGAAAGGCAACAGAUGCUACGACUUGUUGUUAAGGAAUACUAUGGUGCCUCUGAGCUCACUGAUGAUGUCUUAGAAGAGGCUGCUUCCAUGAAUGCUCACACACCUAAUGAAGAUUACGACCCCCAUGGGAUGAAAAUUGUGCAGUUCUUCAGUAUUGAGGACAAUGGAGGAUUAGUAAAGCUUGAACAGAUGUGGCGAGAACAUUUCUUAAGCACAAUGAAUCCAAAGUAUAUGCCAGACCUUUGGUCUGUGACUCACACUCAAGAUCGACUUGCAAUACGUGCUUCUGAGAAUAGGGUCUUAGCUGAUGAACUGUGUGUUGCAGGAAUGAAAGAUUGUGUGUCUUUGUUGGAAAUUGCUCAAAAUGAAAGAGAGUGUAAAAAACAUUUAUAGUCUUUGAAUGAUUUGUUAAAUAUACUAGAGUUCAAAUGUCAAAGAAUUUGGAGUAAUUUUCGAAACUAAUAUUGUCUCACAAUUCAAAAGUUGAUUUGGGAAUAAAUUAGUCUUGGACACUCUUGGCAAAAAGAAUUGGUGUAUGUAAAAAAUAAUUUCACCAUAUGUUGAUAAAAAAAUAUUUCACCAUCCAUGGAACCAUUUCCAGGGUUGCCAAUAUGGCUGGGAAAUCCUAUUCCUCAAAUACAUAACAAUUACCCAAAUUGUCAGUCUUGAAAAGGCUCUAUCAGGGAUUGAAUAUAUUUAAGGAAGUAAAAUGUUUUAUUACAUAAGACCAUUGAGCUUUUUAAAAUUUUUAAGAGGCCGCAGUCUCCUAGCUUCCUCAAGUGCACCGCUAUGAUUAGGGGCUCUCUUUGAAGUAAUCAAGGUUAGUGUACUGGUCCAUGCACAGUGGCUGUUGCCAGCCCACACCGCCACUCCCUCUCCUACUUUUUGUCUAGCUGCACGACGAAUGCUGGAGUAGUACCCCAACAAAGAGGCCAUGCACCGCUCACAAUGUUUCCCUCCCUUUCCUUGUUCUAUCCGUACCCCUUAUUUACACACACACUAAAAUGUCUGGAGACCGGUCAGGAGCUUAGAUUUUGUCCGGGUUGGGGCAGUGCCCUGCUGGUGAGAGAUACCUGGUUCGGGUAAACCCCACUAGCCGACGGUUGGUCGGUGCUGGAUUUCGCCGUCCAGCAGGGGGAAAUCAUCACCAUCUCCCAAGGAAAAAAAAUGCACAGGACUAAUGACAAUAGCAGUAAAAAAAGCCUGCAAUCAUUAACCCUCACUGAAUCUGGCUGCUCGAUGAAAUUAUGGAGGUAUCACACUCACAAAGAGCAGUCUCAUCUUUAAUGUAGUAAUGAAAAAAGGGGUUGCAAACAUUAUGUGUAGUGUGGACUUAAAUCUAUCCUUAGUCUUGGCAUUGUGGUUGGCCUCUUUUGCUGACAAGGGUUCCUGUCAUGAAGCCGAUGGGCUGUUUCCUAAGGCCACAGCAAAGCUUUGACCUCCCUCUGUUCACCCGGCUGCUGUCCAGCUGCUUGAGAUGGGUUCACCAGUGGUACUUUGUUGG